AUGUAUUCCCGGUCACUAAAGUUAUUAUCAGUACUGGCAAUCUUCUUCGCCAUCGCUCAAGCAAGUUGGAUUGACCGUGCUAUCUUUAAUCGAAGAGCAGAUGAUAGUUUGGGCGCCUUAAUAUCGGGAGUAGGAGGAGGAGGAGGGAGUAGUGCUGCCACAAGUUCUGCAGGAAGCGGAUCAGAUUCAGAUUCAGAUUCAGAUACCACCACAACCUCAGCAUCAUCGUCAAAAUCUGCCACCCCAACGACGUCGUCGAAAACCAGCGAGACUCAAGCCAGCACCACUUCAUCAGUCGCCACUACUUCAAAGACAACCCCAGCACCAGCACCUCCAACUUCAACAUCUACGACUUCCACAGCCACUCCAGUAUCCGUACCUGAAUCAUCAUCAUCUGAGAGCACAACAACCCAAACAUCUGCCACUCAAACUUCGGAAGACGCUCAAGCAACUCCAACAAGUCAAACGACCGCGACCAAGACAUCCAAGACCAAGACCACCAAGACCUCGACUUCCGAAUCAUCAACGGCUCAAUCCACUUCCUACUCCAAAAUUACCAUCACCCCAUCAGCUACUCAAGUCGUCGUAACCGUCGUUUCAACGACGAGCGGAAGCACAUAUACCUCAGAAUACACCACUUCUACUACACCUUCAGCGUAUGCAACGACCACCGCCGUACUUACCACCGGCGAUGGAUCUUCAUCUUCCUCAAAGACUAUGUCAACCAAGACAAGAAAUACAGUUAUUGGUGUCGUAGUUGGUAUUGGUGGCGCUAUUCUUCUCGGAGGUCUCUUCAUUGUGGCAUGGAGAAUCUGGGGAAAGAACAAGAAGGAAGAUGAGAAUGAUGGAUUGAUGGGUGGUUACGAUCCUGUCACUGCUGGUCACGAAAAGUAUGAGGGUGGAACAGCACCAAAUCCAUUCCAAAGUACAUUAGAAGGUUAUCAUCAACCUGGAAGAGGGAACGUUUCGGCAAACUUCUAA